AUGUGCUUCGAGCGCUACGAUCUUACCGGAGAUGAGGCUGCCGACCGGUGCAGCGACUACAUCCGCUUCAUCGACUGCGCAUCCCAGCAACUAGCCCGCGAGUACAAAAAUGCCGGAAAAUUGCUGGACCUGGCGCCGGGAGCCAUGCCAACCGUACAGUACCUUCGCGCCAGCUACGCUCUAAUGGCGAAGCACAAGAUGGCCCGGUGUGCCCCGAAAAUCAUGCACAUCAUCGGCGGGGACUUUGAGAAGGAGAUCUUGGAGCUGCCGAGCGAGGAGAAAAAUUAU